AUGGAGCCCGGCGAAACGAGGAGGCUCUCAUCCGCCUCCCUGGAAGGAGACCUGAGAGAAGAAAAUAAAUUAAAACGAGGAAUUUCCCAAGACUUGACAUCUUCCCCCGAAUCAGACAGAUACAAAAUAGCAAGACAAUUAACAGAAAAGGCCAUCAAGGAAAAGAAGAUUUUCUCCAUCUACGGGCACUACCCAGUGAUACGGGCCGCCCUCCGAAGAAAGGGCUGGGUGGAGAAGAAGUUCCACUUUCUGCCCAAGGUCCUCCUGAAUGUGGACGAUGACGGUGUGGGGGUGACAGAUGAAAACGUGCGGAAGGCAGAGGAAAACCAAGAAGCGGCUCCGGAGAAGACAGAUGACAUCCACGAUGGUAUGUCCAGGUUGGUCAAAAACGAAAUGCCGUACUUCCUCUGGACCAUCAAAAGGGAUGUCGUUGACUGUCACAGCUUGAACUGUGACCAGAUGCUGAAUCACUAUGGGAAGACGGCUUCCUUCACCACCAAGAUCGGGCUGUGUGCGAACAUGCGGAACCUACCGUGGUACGUCCAGGCCGACCCUGACUCCUUCUUCCCACGUUGCUACGGCCUCUGCACCGAGAACGAGAAGCAAGAAUUCCUGGACGACUUCCGGCGGACGAUGGCCUCCAGCAUCCUCAAGUGGGUGGUCAGGCACCACAAGUGCGGCAGCAGGGGAGGACGGGGUCCUCCCUCCCUGCAGAAGAGGGAGGCGGGGACAUCCGACUUCAGCCAGAGGGGAGAGAGAGAGAAUGCCAAGCAGGCUUUAUGCUCACUGCCGGGGUCUCUCGUGGACACCGCAUGCAAGGUGUGCCAGGCCUACCUGGGUCAGCUGGAGCACGAGGACAUCGACAUCUCCAAGGACGCCGCCCAGGACCUCACGGAGGACGAGUGGAAGGACCUGACGCAGCAAUACUUACUCCCUCGUGACGGUGAUGCUUUCAUCUCCAAUUCGAGAAAUCACUUUUCGCAGUGCCAGGCCCUGCUGAACAAAAUCACGUCUGUGAACCCUCAGACGGAGAUCGACGGGCUUCGGAACAUCUGGAUCAUCAAGCCCGCAGCCAAGUCCCGCGGCCGAGACAUAGUGUGCAUGAACCGAGUGGAAGACAUCUUGCAGCUGGUGACCGCAGACCACCCGUCCGCCAAGGACAACAAGUGGGUGGUGCAGAAGUACAUCGAGACGCCGCUGCUCAUCUACGACACCAAGUUUGACAUCAGGCAGUGGUUCCUGGUCACCGACUGGAACCCCCUGACCAUCUGGUUCUACAAGGAAAGCUACCUGCGGUUUUCAACACAGCGCUUCUCCCUGGACAACCUGGACAGUGCCAUCCACCUGUGCAACAACUCCAUCCAGAAGCACCUGAAGAACGACGAGGAACGCAGCCCCCUGCUGCCCUACCACAACAUGUGGACCAGCACCAGGUUCCGGGAGUACCUGCAGAAGAGGGGCCGCGGGGCCGUGUGGGCCAGCGUCAUCUACCCGGCCAUGAAGCGGGCCGUCGCCGACACCAUGAGGGGGGUGCAGGACCACGUGGAGCCGCGCAAGAACAGCUUCGAGCUGUACGGGGCCGACUUCAUCCUGGGCCGCGACUUCCAGCCCUGGCUGAUCGAGAUCAACUCCAGCCCCACCAUGCACGCGUCCACGCCCGUCACGGCACAGCUGUGCGCCCAGGUGCAGGAGGACACCAUCAAGGUGGUGGUGGGUCGCAAGGUUGACCGCAACUGCGACGUCGGCAACUUUGAGUUGCUGUGGAGACAGCCUGCGGUGGAGCCUCCGCCCUUCCACGGGUCCGACCUGUGCGUGGAAGGCGUUGGUGUGCGCAGAGCCAGGAAGCAGAUGCCGCCCGUUUCCGGCGCUGACUGUCCAUCCGCGCUCCUGGACCCUCCGCCGCUGAAGGUGCGGUCCCCCUCGGCCGUGCCAGGCCUGGCUCCGGGCCGCCCCCCGACGGCUGUGCGCGGGGACUUGAGGCCGGACGACGCACAGGCGCCCGCUUGCACCCUGCCCGCGCCCCUCAAGAGGCCGGCCGAGAGACGCUGCGAGGCGCAGUCCGCCAGGAAGUCAGCGGUCCCCACUCGUGACUUUCAGCUCGCAGACGGUCAGGCCCCGAAAAUCCGCCUUCCCAAAGCCGAGUCCGACAGACGCUCGGGGGCCGACACGGUAAGCGCGCGGGCACGGCCGGCCGUGCUCCCGAGCGUGAAGUCACCGGAGGGCGCCCUGUUUCAGCCGCUCACGCCACCAGGUAGCGCUGCGGGGGCGCCGACACCGCGGGCUGCUCGGGGUGGCCUGCUCCGUGGCCUCCAGGGCGAGGCGGGGGCGGGGAGCGUGUGCCGUGGCGGCACCGGCCCGGGCCUGGGACUGGCCGGGCUGUUGGGGUCGCGGGGUCCCCGCAGCAGCAGUUCCCGGGGCCCCUCACAGGAGCGGGUUCCCGACGGAGCCGACCCUGCGUGGCCUGCCAGCCUGUCCUGGGCCCGGGCUCAGGGCGCAAGACAGGUGUGGGGCAGCCCCGAGUCUCUGGGGGUGGCCCUGCCGGGUCUGUCCCUCAGUGCCCUUCCCCAGAGGGGCCGGAAGGUCCCUAAUGGCAGCGAUCUUCUGCUGUCUUCACCGCUCACCCCGGCAGCUGGGGCUGUGUGGGGGCCCACGGGCGGUGCCCGGAGAAUCCGGGCGGCAGAGCCAGAACUAAGCCCUCCUGGGGCCCAGCCGCCAGCGGAGGGUGCAGAGACCCGGCGGCCUGGGGCAAGCUCCGUGCCCAGCAGCGAGGAGAUGGCCGCGUCCCCCGGAGGGGGCGAGGAAGCAGGGCGCGGGCCCAGCACCGACUGCACAGUACCACAUGGGUGGCAGGCGGCCUGGGGUGCCACCGAACACCCCAACAGUCGCCUGUUGCUGGUUGCCAAGAUGGCGACCGAAACCCAGCUUGCUGCCCCCAAGCACUCCUGCCAGUGCCGCAAGCGGACCAAGGGGAUCUUCUGCCUCCUGAGUCACCGCAGCCGAGCCUCACGCUUUGCCGCCACCUUGCACAGGUCUGUGUUCCCAGCCAGCCGGCCAACCGAGCGGUGUGCCUACAGCCUUCGCUGCACCGCGACCCUGGGCCACGGCGGGUCCCCAGCAGGCAUCGGUGGCUUUAGUGCCGUAGCAAACGGGACCUCUGUUUACACCACGUUCUCGAGGCACGGCAUGCACACGGUGAGAGCAGGUCUUGCACAGACACCUGCACCACCCCCGCCUGGAGGUCCGGGGGUCCGCCCGCCGCGCCUGCGACGGCCGGGGGCCUGCGUCCCGUUCGGCGCGGCCGUGAGGGCGCCGGUCUGUGUGGACGCCAGAGGGCUGCCCAGGGACCUCCCAGCGCCCUGCCUAGUGUGCCGCGGCUCGCUGCCGCCCGCCCGGCCCUGCAAGCGCUGCCGCUCCUUCUGCGCCGCGGUCCUGCAGGGCGCCUCCUUCGUGCCCUUGGGCGGCGGGCGGGGCGGCGGCGCGUCGACCCCGUGA